GCUUUUAGCAAAAACUUAUAAUGACAUCACAAGCUUGUGUAAAUAGUAAAUAUGUGUGUCACAGAAAAGGGUAAUUAUGACAAUGGUUUAAAGAUAUGUUUCCUACAUCACAUAGGAUGAGUCUUUGAAUAAAACUUUCAAAAUAAAAAGUAAAAUUUCUCCCAUCUGUGCUUAAAAAAAUAGCUCCAAUUAUGUAUUAUUUGAACGUUAAUGAGUAAUUUAAAAACAGUAAUUUUUAUACAAACACCGAGCAUUACAUUGGAGAGAACUCUUAUUUAUUCAGCGUAUAAUAUUACACAUUCUCAGGUGUUAGCAAACAUUAUUUUGUUUAUCUUGUAGAGCAGUCUUAUUCUUAUUCAUUCGGUAUGUGUAAUGAAACAUUCACUUUGGAAGGAAGUUUAAAUGCACUAUCAGUUGUUUCUACUGUAGAAAAACCUUAUUCAUGCAGUUUGUGUGAUAAAACUUUCACACAAAAAGCCAAUUUAAAUCGACACUACUCUGUUCAUUUCGGAGAGAAGCCAUAUUCAUGCAGUGUAUGUGAUAAAACAUUCGCACAAAAAGUGCAUUUAAAUAAACAUUGCGUUGUCCAUACUAAAGAAAAACUUUAUUCAUGCUGUGUAUGUAAUAAAACAUUCACUCAGAAAUCUAAUUUAACUAGACAUUAUUUUGUUCAUACUGGGGAGAAGCCUUAUUCAUGCGGCGAAUGUGAUAAAACAUUCUCUCAAAAGGCUGGUUUAAGUCGACACUCUCUUGUACAUAGUGUUGAAAAACACUAUUCAUGCACUGCGCCUGAUAAAAAAUUAAGUUUAGCUGAACAUACCAUGGAGCAACUUUUUGCGUGCAGUGUGUGUGAUAAAACUUUUGCACACAAAGCCAGUUUGUAUCGACACAAUUUUAUUCAUACAGGAGAAAUGCCAUAUUCAUGCAGUGAAUGUGAUAAAGGAUACACUAAGAAAUCCAGUUUAGAUAGGCACUUUCUUGUUCAUACAGGAAUUAACCGUUAUUCAUGCAGUGUAUGCGAUAAAACAUUCACACAGAAAACCAGUUUGGAUAGGCAUUAUCUUUCUCAUACUGGAAUGAAGCCUUUUUCUUGCAGUAUCUGUGAUAAAACAUUUAUACAGAGAGCUGAUUUAAGGAGACAUUCUCUUGUUCAUACUGGAGAAAGGCCUUUCUCAUGCAGUGUUUGUGGAAAAACCUUUACACGUAAAAUCAAUUUAAAUGCACACUCUGCUAUUCAUACUGGGGAGAAGCUUUUUUCCUGUAAUCUUUGUGAUAAAACUUUUGUACAUAAAAUAAAUUUUGAUAGGCAUUAUCCAGUUCACACUGGAGAGAAACCCUAUUCGUGCAAUUUAUGUGAUAAAACAUUUGCACAUAAAUUUCUUUUAAACGAGCACCGUGUUGUUCAUACUAAAGAGAAACCUUAUUCGUGCAAAGUGUGCACUAAAACAUUUGCACAAAGAGUUAGUUUAUAUAGACACAAAUUUGUUCAUACAGGGCAGAAGCCUCAUUCAUGCAGUGUAUGUGAUAAAACAUUCACACGAAGAGCCAAUUUAACUGCACACCUUGCUGUUCAUAACAAAAAAAAAGAAAUCUGAUCUAGUGUAAUGUGUGAAUAGCAUUACAGUGAUAAUAUCAGUUAAAGGCUCCUCCCAUAUUACUGGGGGUGAGAUCAAUCCUUGUAGCCGACUAAACAUCCAGCAAGAUGCUCUUUAAAUCUGUUGUUGGUGAAAAUCCUGUGAAGGAUUGUGGUGGGGAAAUAAAGAGAAUAGAAAUAUGUGAUCUGGAGAUAGGGAUACCAGACAUGGCACUGUCCACAUUGUCUGAUUUUGAGCAAAAUUAUGUGGAGUUGCACAUGGCGGUUAAAACAUAAAAGUGGAGAAAAAUAAGGGUAGAUCCUCAAUCAUAGUUGGGUAAUGUGUAGCAUUUGAUAUAACAUUCACAUAGAAAACUAUUUUAAAUAAGCUCUCUCUUGUUCAUAAUAGAUGUUAUAAUUAAGCCUUCUAUGGGAGAAAACUUUAUGAAGAUGCAUAAGGAAUUUCCACUCUAAUGUUGAGCAUAAGAAAAAGUGGCAUAUUAUUUUUUCCAAAGUGUGGUAAAAUGGCAGCACUCUGGACCAAAUAGUUUUUGAACUAUAGUACGAUAAAAAGUUUAACCACUAGUUAGAGUCAUUAGUUUAUCGUUUUCUUUUAUUAUUUUUAAUUGAAUUUAUAAAGUUCUCUGUAAUUGCUUGUUUAUUUGUUUUAUUUUAGUUUCAUAAAAUGCUUAAAUAUUGAUUUUUUUAAGAAUGCCUGUGUUAAUGAAGAUCAAAGUGCAUUUUGUAAAAGUAAAUUAUAAUUUAUUUAUUUAGCUCACCAUUUUUCUUGUUCUUGAAAUUAUUUUAUUGUUGAAUAAAAUGCAUGUUUUUAUGGAUGAUAUACACCAUUAAUUAAACUAAUUUAUGUGUAAAUACGUAAAGGCCUUAUUAAUGUAAUUUUUUUUAAAAUUUCUCUGCUUAUAGUAGAAUUUAUUGUGUGACAGAUUGAAAUAAAAAGUAAAUAAUAUAUAUAUGACAGAGCCACUUUAUACAAAUAAUAGAACUAAAAUAAAAGAUUUAAAAUAGAUUACAAAAUUUUAUGUUUGUAUACAAAUGCACAACAGGAAAAUAUUUCUGAACACAAACAUAAAUUGAUGCAAUUUUAUUUAUUAUUGAUUCUGUUAGCAAAUACCUAAGCAUUUUGGAUCUAAAUUAACAGAAUUGCUGAUGAUAUAUUUAAUUAAAAAUGUGAUUCAGUGUAUUUGUGAAGCAUAAUGAAAAUAACAUAUUCCUUUAUUUAGCCACAUUUUAAAUAUAUCUAAACAAAUACAUAUAUACAGUACCGGUCAAAAGUUUAGACUCACUUUUAUCAAACAUAAGCAUCAACAAACUUCGCAAAAUGCUGUUUCCAUUUAAAACUGUUCAUUAUUUUUUCAUUUUCUAUCUAUACUGUUGUUGAUUACGAAAUGAACAAAAAGUGCAUGUAAAUACUUAUUCUAAAAUAAAGUGUAAUUUAUUUAAAAAAUUUCAUUAAUUUUUAGUUUAUUUGGUUACUUUUAAUCUUUUUUUGUAAGUUUCAUUGGUUAAAUUCAUGUACAUAACACAUUAAAAAUUUGAUAUAAUAGUUUUCAUUUGACAGAAUAACUGGUACAUAUUAAAAGCAAAUGUAAACAAUAUUUUAUACAAUUUAUUAUAGAAAUAUGGGUCAAAAACCAUAAAUAAGUAUCGAAACACGUGCAGUUAUUAUUGCACUUUAUGGCGAGGCGAAGGCUAUCUACAUAAACAAAUUGCCUUUAAAACUAGUGUUUCGCUGACCAUUGUUGUCAGAACUUUGUAAAGGAAGAAAGAAACUGGUCAAAAUAAGAGCCACCAACGAUCAGGGAGACCUAGAAUAACAUUCAAACAUGAGGAUAAGUUUAUCUGCAUUUAAAGUAAGCGGCAGCGAAUCGUUGAUCAAGAUUUUUUUUCCAGCAAGAUAGCGAUCCAAAACAUUAAUCAAAAUUUUGUAGAAACUAUUUUGUAUCAAAAUAAAAUAAAAAUGUACUGAAAUACGUGGAUUGACUCCAUCUAUCCCAUAAUAUUAAUCCUAUUGAGCUAUUAUGGAUUUAGAAAUGUUAGAAAAAUGCCAUGUUUACCAUAUAGCAAAACAAAUUUUGGGAAUCUUUACUUAGCUGGAACCAGAUCUAAACUAGAACAUUGAAAAAACUAAUAAACACAUAAACUAAAUCCCAAAAAUAUGCACUGCUGUGUUGUUAUUAAGGCUAAAGGAGGAUAUUUCGAAGAAUACAAGAUUGGUCGAAAUUCAUAAGUUAUCAAAUUAUAGUUCUUACAACACAUAUGUAUCAAUAAUAUCAAAAUGAAAUUAAUUUGUUGGGAUUUUCGGUCUAAAAACCUUGUUAUUUGUUCAUUUUUAAAAAAUUCAAGAACUAGUCUAAACUUUUCACCGGUACUGUAUAUAUAUACUUUUCAAAUAUACAAAACAAAUACUUUUUUAUACCCUUUCAAACAAAACCUUGAUGUUGUUUAUUUUAACUAAAUAAAUUUAUAUUUUACAUUUUUGA